CGAGGAACGUCCUCAAUACUGCAAAGUUUCUUGGUGCUGGGUAUUGAGCAAUCUUCUUCACCUUAUCCAUAUCUGCUUUGAUCCCGUCUUUGGCUAUGAGAUGGCUAAGGAAAACAACUUUUUCUAAUCUCGUUUUUUGUUUUAUAGGCCUGUGAUCCCCUGUGUCGAUGUCAUGGACCACUAAAUCGGUUUGUGUCAACUCUGCAUCUGUCACGGCAAACGCAUCAUUGAAUUUGGACAUCACCAGCUUUAUCUGUCAGUUGCGAUCUCUGCUUUAUUAUUUCGGAGAAAUCGCCAAACUCUUUGUCGUCGGUCUUUGCUUCCGUUUUACACCCCAAUUUUUCUACCAGUGCAGCAUAAGAUCCGGGCGGCUUCUUCGGUCCUGCUACUGCCGUCACUGCUUUCGCUUGCGACUGUGGGGCCCGACAAUCUCUGGCCACGCGGCCUGGCUUCCCAAAAGCAAAGCAUUGGCGCGACUCUUCUUGCACCAUUUUUGCUGUGCGUUCUUGUUUUUGGUGCUACUGAUCCCAAUGAUUUCACAUCAUUUUUUGGUGAUUCUCCUCCUCCAUCACUGGGGGAGUUCUGAGCACUUCGCUUCUACCACCUUGGUUUCAACUGCUGUACAAGCUCACUUCUGCCUGUCUUCCUGCAUUCUUCAAUUCUGGCGUUUCUCCCUGAGCGCAGUGCCGUUUCUGUCACCUUUUCGUAGACUUCCGCGUUUGUGCUAG